GCUGAUUAUGUUGUCACGUAGGACGCAAACGACGUGUGUGUGGAGAAAACGGAUUCAAUUUUAAAUCAAUUCGCUUUUAAUUGUGGGGUCAUUUUUAGUUGAAUUCAGUUUUUUUCUUUUUUUACAACCGCAACAACGACGCCUUUUGAACUCGCUACCGCUGUAAUUAAUUUACGAUUAGAUUCUUCUCCAUGGCAACCGCGGCUGCGGCUCAUGGGUGUUGUAGUAUUAAGAGUCGUUCGCCAACCCCAAAAGACGGACAAAACAUUAAUUAUCUAAAACAAAGUUGCAAUAAAUGAAACAGGUGAUCCUAGCGUACACCAGUACGUCAGUUACAUCGUUUCUAUAUGAAACGAAAUCAUACAGAAUAGCGAAAAGUACUUCCGGCCCCUCCACGUGGAAGGAAUCCAACCAGUCAGCCAGUCAGAGCGCUGCUACGGAAAGCUCGCGGGCUCAAUCGCUGUUAAACCCUUCGCGAUCAGCGAUCUCUACAGUCCGACAUUCUUCCAAUGGCGAGAAUGGGGCCGCUAUUCAAGGCAAAGAAAAAAGCUGCUGCAUGUGUCGGUCAUUGAGGCGUUGCAGUGUUCCGAUGGUCGAUAGUGACGGACAGCUGGAUGAGCAGAGAGCCGCGGCAGAGAACGGUUCAGGUGGCGGCUUCAAGGAGACUGCUGUGAUGCUACGUAGGCAGCUGGAAGAAAAGGGCUUUUCUACUAUGAGAGAGUGUGUGUGAGCCACAGGAACCCUGCCGACCUGCCUUCUCUUGUUUUACUUCAUUUUUAAAUUGAGUUCAUUGUUUUGCUUUUACAGACGCGCUGUUGUUCGGAUACAGCGAGGAUACACAGGUCGCUGGUGAAGUUUUGGGGAAUGGCAGGUCGAAGCCGAAGAGCAUGGUUUAGUGUUCUGCUGGGGCUGGUUGUCGGAUUCACGCUGGCUUCCAGGCUCAUCUUACCCAAGGCGACCGAGCUGAAGAAAGCUGGACAAAAACGAAAGGCAAACCCGGCCGGUUGUGGGUUGAACGGGGGUCACAGAAAGGAAUACGGCGGAAUACUAUGGUCGCUGCAAGAUACCGGUUCACCGGCGACCGAGAAGCCUGGCUCCAGGUCCAAUAAUUUCCUGUUCGUUGGUGUCAUGACUGCCCAGAAGUACCUGAACAGCCGGGCUGUGGCGGCACAUAGGACUUGGGCACAGACGAUUCCAGGUCGUGUGGAGUUCUUCUCCAGCGAGGGCUCUGACACCUCCAUACCCAUUCCCAUAGUAGCUCUAAAGAAUGUGGAUGACUCGUACCCACCGCAAAAGAAGUCCUUCAUGAUGCUCAAGUACAUGCAUGACCAUUACCUGGACAAGUACGAGUGGUUCAUGAGGGCCGAUGACGACGUCUACAUCAAGAGUGAGAAGCUAGAGGGCUUCCUGCGCAGCCUCAACAGUAGCGAGGCCAUCUUCCUCGGCCAAACGGGUAUGGGAGCCCGGGACGAGCUGGGGAAACUGGCCCUGGAACCUGGGGAGAACUUCUGCAUGGGGGGGCCAGGGGUCAUCAUGAGCCGUGAGGUCCUCAAGAGGAUGGUGCCCCACAUCCGAGAGUGUCUACAGGAGAUGUACACCACUCAUGAGGACGUGGAGGUGGGCCGCUGUGUCAGGAGGUUCGCCGGGGUCCAGUGUGUCUGGUCCUAUGAGAUGCAGCAGCUCUUCUAUGAGAACUAUGAACCAAACAAGAAGGGCUACAUACGAGAUCUCCGCAACAGUAAGAUCCAUCGAGCCAUUACCCUCCACCCCAACAAAAACCCUCCUUACCAGUAUCGCCUACACAGCUACAUGCUGAGCCGGAAGAUCGCAGACCUGCGGCACCGAACCAUCCAGCUCCACAGGGAGAUUGUUCAGAUGGGUCGCUACGGAGCCAAUGAGCCCAGCCGAGAGGACCUCCAGCUUGGCAUGCCUCCUUCAUUUAUGCGCUUCCACCCACGGCAGAGAGAGGAGGUCCUAGAGUGGGAGUUCCUGACAGGCAAGUACCUGUUCUCAUCAUCUGACAGCCAGCCGCCCCGCCGCGGGAUGGAUUCCUCCCAGAGGCAAGCCCUAGAUGACAUCAUCAUGCAAGUUAUGGAGAUGAUCAACGCCAAUGCCAAGACACGGGGGCGGGUUAUUGACUUCAAAGAAAUCCAGUAUGGCUACCGGAGAGUCAAUCCCUUAUACGGGGCAGAGUAUGUGCUGGAUCUGCUGCUGCUAUACAAGAAGCACAAAGGAAAGACCAUGACGGUGCCUGUGAGGAGGCACGCCUAUCUGCAGCAGACCUUCAGCCAGAUCCAGUUCAGAGAGGAGGGAGAGAUGGAUGCCAGAGCACUGGCUAGCCACAUCAACAAGGAUUCAGACUCCCUCUCAUUUCUGUCCAACUCCCUCAAGAUGUUGGUGCCCUUCAAGCUGGCCACCUCUGGUCAGGAACAGAGGGAACCAAAAGAGAAAAAAGUCAACAUUUUGGUACCUCUGUCGGGGCGCUAUGACAUCUUUGUGCGCUUCAUGACUAACUUUGAGCGAGUUUGUCUGAUUCCCAACCAGAACGUCAAGCUGCUCAUCCUGCUCUUCAGCACAGACAACAACACGGAGCGGGUCAAGCAGGUGGAGCUGAUGAGAGAGUAUCACAUGAAGUAUCCCCGGGCCGAGAUGGAGAUAAAGCCCGUCACUGGAUCCUUCUCAAGGGCUCUGGCUUUGGAAGUGGGUUCCUUACACUUCUCCAACGAUUCUCUGCUCUUCUACUGUGACGUGGAUCUGCUCUUCACCAGUGACUUCCUCAAGCGCUGUCGGACCAAUACAGCCAUGGGGGAGCAAACAUACUUCCCCAUCAUCUUCAGCCAGUAUGACCCUAAGGUGGUGUACGCUGGGAAGGUCCCUAGCAACAACCACUACGUCUUUACCUCCAAGACAGGUCUGUGGAGGAACUACGGCUUUGGGAUCGUCUGCGUCUACAAGGGAGACUUGGUUCGAGCUGGAGGCUUUGAUACGUCUAUACAGGGCUGGGGAUUGGAGGACGUGGACCUUUUUAAUAAAUUUGUCCAGUCAGGGAUGAAGUUGUUCAGAAGCACAGACACAGGGAUAGUGCAUGUUCACCACCCCGUCAUAUGUGACCCCAACCUGGAGGCAAAGCAAUAUAAGAUGUGCCUGGGCUCCAAAGCCUCGUCACACGGCUCCACCCAGCAGCUGGCCGAGCUCUGGCUGGAGAAGAACGAGCACGGCUUCAGGAGACUGGCCAGCAAUAACGGCUCAGUUAGGACAGCGUGAGAACAGCCGGGCUGUCAUAAACUGAAAACUGCAUGGCGUUUUCACUACCUAAUUUAUUUUUUAUUGAAAUGAAAGACUUAAAUGGAUAUAUUUUGAAAAUAUGUCUUUUUUUAAAAGAAAAUAUACAUAAACGCCAUGAUGAACAGUUCAAAGAGACAGUCUGGGUUCUAGUACGGAAGUACUAUGUUUUGAUUAAUGAUGACCAAUAUUGUUGCGUGAGCCUGAGGCUCCUCUAGCCUGUUACAUGUGGUCUGUCGGGGCAGUGUGUACCUCAGUGAAGUACACCGUCAUGCUCCUUUAAUGUGUGCAGAAACACACUGGUGUCCAUGUGCUCUCAGACCAGCAGUCAAUUCUUGAUUGUGAAUGUUUACAAAAGACAUUUAAUCGAUGACAGAACUCAGAUCACAGCUAUCUCAAUGAUUACUUCGGGCCAUCUUUUCUUUCCAUUUGCUUUUAUGGGUUUGGUAAUAUGACACAACACUGUUACUUUCUCCUGGACUUGUUUGUAUUUGUCUUCAUUAUUAUUUUCUGUGAACCCAACUGCUGGAUAUUAUAUCUGCAAUUAUUUUGCUGUCUAAUUUAUUGAAUUUGCAGGCUCCAUUUCUACUCUUCAAAGAUUGUAUAACCAUGUCAGCUGUGGGAUGGUGUUUUUUUUCAUGUUCCUUUUCUUAAACUCAUCACCAAAGAGUUUUGCACAGUCUGCUUUAGGUAUUGUGUGUGUGUGUGUGUGUGUGUGUGUGUGUGUGUGUGUGUGUGUGUGUGUGUGUGUGUGUGUGUGUGUGUGUGUCAGCAGGCACUAACAUGACACUGACUGUAUAGAAGUUUUCAUAAUAAUAAUAAUAAAGAGUAACCAGGCCUUUGUAAUGGGUGCAGUAAACCAGUCUGGCCUUUAAUCCCAGUGGGUUGAUGGGAGCAGCUCUCUGAUGGUCCGGCUCGAGUCUCUUUUUUUUAUAAACGACUUUAGUUUUGUGUUGUGGCUGGUCCCGGUCUGCAGAGGACAGCGUCGGCUCCUGUCAGGUCUGAGGGCGCGGCCUGUACGCUGUAGUGCUCCGUAGGUUUAAUGCUCCUCUUUCAGCAUUGUAACAUGAAUGGCUGAUUUUUAAGACUGUUGUUACAGGAUGAAUGACUGUGUUGUCAUUAUAGUGUUUAUUAUUAUUUUUUCUUGGACUUUUUUGUAAUUUUUGUUCUUUCUCUGUACUCUGUCCACCUGGGCACAGUUUUCUAUUUAAAAAGAAAUAAAAAUGGGGGAAAAGUAUGAAA